AUGGCUACACGUUUAGCAACACAACGAAAUUUUAUCACCGUAAUUCCUGCUACUGUUGGAGGCACUGUUACUCCCGUUACAAUUGAAUCAGGCGACGAAAGCGUUAUUGUACAAAAGAUCGUGACAGAGAACGGAGAAAUUGAACCGUCGUCUAACAAUUCGCGCCGUUUAGAAUCGGAGACAUCAACGGUGUCCGUCGCUGGUACAACACCAGUCAUGGCUUCCCGAACUGGCAAUACUUCACAAUUACCAACGAUCGCUGUCACCGGUGGACUGAAAAAUGGAAGUGUAAAAGGAUCUCUCAUGUCGACGGCACUGCUGGCGAACAACUCUAAUAUUAUGAACUUGUUGGGUAAUACAAACGGACUGUCUUUGCAGCAAAUCAUACAGCAAAAGAAAAUUGUGAUAAACUCUAACGGAACCGUGAUCGACAUCGUUCCCAUAACUGACGACAGCGAUAAUGUAGAGUUGAAGUCGGAAAAAGAAAAACUGUUGGAAAAUUCCUCCACGAGCGAUGUUGCAGAGAGUGGCAGCUCAUCCGAAACUAUUGUAGAUGAAACGUCCCAAGUGACUGCCCAGGUGGCAGUCGUACAGAGCCCAAGCCACACCAAUGCCACGCCACAGUACAUAACCGUCACUGUUUCGUCGCCCGAAAACGUUCCCAGUCACCACACCUACGUGCAAUAUGUCGACUCGGAUAUGUACAACACUUCCGGUCAGGGACAGACGCAAAUGGCGUACCCGCUCUACACCGUCGGAGAUUACGGUACGAAUGGGCAACAACAGCAACAACAGCAAACGCAACAGCAACAAUAUUACGCGACCGGCAGCAAUUACAGCACAGCCGGAACUGGCAAUGCGCACGCGGACACCACCGGAUCGGGAAAUGUCGCGGCCAAUGGUACCGGCACAGCGGGAGCUGGCCCAACCGGCGUCACCGCGAACGGAACCGUGUCGACCGGAAACGGAGGAUCCACCGGCAACGCUGCCAACCAACAGCAGCAGUACAUCGUGCCGGUUGACGAGGCGGUUCUGUUGGGCAGCGGUGGCAACGGUAGCACUUCAGGCACGCAACAGCAACAGUCCGAUUCUUCGCCACAAAACAUGACGGACGUAGCGUCCUAUUUGCACGCGCACCAAACCUCGUCCGCAGGAUCGGGCCCUGAGCUCGAUCCCACAUCCAGCCUGACCCACGCGGCCCGCGUUCUGCCCGCCACGGUGAACUGGUUGAUGGAAAACUACGAAACAGCGGAUGGCGUUAGCCUGCCUCGAUCAACGCUGUACAAUCACUACAUGUGGCACUGCAACGAGAACAAGCUGGACGCGGUCAACGCGGCAAGCUUCGGUAAGCUGAUCCGAUCGGUGUUUAGCGGACUGCGAACCCGCCGACUGGGCACACGUGGCAACAGCAAGUAUCACUAUUACGGUAUCCGCAUCAAGCCGACAUCUCCGCUGGUCCACGCCAUCGAGUGCAAACCGCAACAUGCGUCUGGGGUUGGUGGAUUGAUGGGAGGACAUCACCAGCAGUUGGGUGGUAGUAAUGGGCUCGGAGGAACUGGAGCUACUGGAGGCGGUGGAGGAGUAGGUGCCAACGGUGGCAACAGUGGUAUGCAUGGCCCGAACGGUGGUAAUCUUGGCAACGGGCUGCAGGGCAGCAACGGCGGAGCCAUGGCUCACGGUGGAGGUGGUCACAUGCAGCAUGGAGGUGGUGGAGUCGGAGGAGGAGGUGCCGGUCAUGGAGUGUCAAUGCACCACGGACGUGGAGGAAAGAAGAACAGCUUCAAGGCAGAAAUGCCUGAGACCUGCGCACAGUACCUUGGUGAUCCGAAUGGUGCCAUACCGCAGUUCCCGAUGAUCGACAUGAUACACCCGUUACCGGACGACAUCACGAUGGAGGACGUGGACACGCUGCGUUCGAUUUACCGCGAGCACUGCGAGGCGUUCCUGGACGCGAUACUAAAUCUCGACUUCAACAUGAUCGAGUCGCUGUGGCGUGAGUUUUGGCGUGCGGAGAACAACAACAACAACGGGGACGAGUGCGAGGAGGAAAAGUACCUCAGCAAGCAGAAGCUGUAUCUUCUUACGCAGUGUGAACCGGUGCAGGAGUUCGUGAAACACGUCGAUCUUCAGUUCUACCAGAACAUGGUGGACGUACUGAUACCGGACGUACUGCGACCGAUCCCUACCGGGUUAACGCAAGCGAUCCGAAACUUCGCGAAGAACCUCGAGAACUGGCUGACGUCCGCGAUGGGUGGCUGUCCGGAACCGAUCGUUGCGAUCAAACUGUCAGCGGUGGCCGCCUUUGGGCAGACGCUCCGCCGCUACACCUCGCUUAAUCACCUGGCUCAGGCCGCCCGGGCCGUGCUGCAGAAUGGCACGCAGAUUGCGCAGAUGCUGAGCGACCUGAACCGGGUCGACUUCCGCAACGUGCAGGAGCAGGCGUCCUGGAUCUGCCAGUGCGACACCGCGAUCGUGCAGCGGCUGGAGAACGACUUCAAGGCAGCACUGCAGCAACAGAACACGCUCGAGCAGUGGGCUGGCUGGCUGCAAAAUGUGGUGGAUGAUGCGCUGCAGGAGUACCGGGGCAAACCGAGUUUCGUGCAUGCUGCCCGCCAGUUCCUGCUCAAGUGGAGCUUCUACAGCUCGAUGGUUAUCCGUGACCUGACGCUGCGUUCGGCUGGGAGCUUUGGCAGCUUUCAUCUCAUACGGUUGCUCUACGACGAGUACAUGUUCUUCAUCAUUGAGCAUAAGGUUGCGAAGGCGACCAAUACCACGCCGAUUGCCGUUAUGGGGGAGAAAAUAAAUUCCCGUCCCGUGCAGGACGAUUUGGAUCGCAUGCUCUACAGCACCGAAUAUGGCAUGGUGAACGUUAAACUGGAGCCCAGCGCAAAGAGAAUGCGCAGUUAG